GAGGACUUACAUUGUUAAGAUGAACAGAAAGCAACGAAAGUGGUAUUAAUUUAGCUCAUUAAUUCAACUUCUUUAUUGUCGUGUGUUUGUGAUAGAAGUGAUAUUUAACAUACAUUUUGACCAGUCACAGAGACAGGAACUGACCAAAAAAUCAACUCCACCUCUUCAAUUGCGCAGAAAAAUACCACCAGCUUUUAUCAUUACACCACAGCAGCAAUGGACAUUAAUAGUAAACGGAAUGACGCUUCAAAGAUCACCAUGCUGAGAGUCAUUUUCAAUUUAAUCCUUGUCAGUGUUCUUGGAGCAUUUCUGCUGACUGAGGGUGAGACAAUACAACUUGCUGGUAGCAAUCACUUCUGCACUGGUAGAGUGGAAGUCUAUUAUAAUAACCAGUGGGGAGGAGUGUGUGAUAAUGGCUGGAACAUGACUGCUGCACAGGUGGUGUGUAGACAGCUUGGAUGUGGUAAAGCUAUCAACAUUCCUCAAAGUGCCAGCUUUGGUCAGAGAAGUGGCCCAAUAUGGAUGAAUAAUGUUCGCUGUUCUGGAAGUGAAAGCAACAUCACACAGUGCUCUCAUAAUGGAUUUAAAAAUCACAGCUGUGUCAAUGGCAAUGAUGCUGGUGUCAUUUGCUUAGCAUCUCUGGCUCCCUACAUUGCUAUUGCAGUAACAUCAGUAGUGCUUUUUAUCUCGGUUCUAGUCAUCAUUUGCAUUGUGAAAAUUAAGAAGAAACGGAAAUUUCAUGUGGCUAACAAAACAGAGGCAAAGUUCACCAAAAACACAUACGAGAAUCCCCAGUGCGAGACUAAUGAAGAAGAGAUUGACGAUGAAGCUGAUUAUGAAAACGCAGAAAUGACUUUCCAACAGAAGGAGGAUUCAGAAACUUCGGAUAAUGACUAUGUUAAUGUUGGUGAUGAUGAACAAAGACGUGAUGUGGACAAUGACUGUAAUGAUGGAGAUAUUUAUGCAAACUGUGAAGCAUAGUUAAACAAUAACAAGGUUAAAUUGGAUUAGUUUUCAUUGUCAUAAACAUAAAACUUUGUUGUUGUUUUUCUUACUGGUUUUCCUACACACUUACCUUACUACUUGACAAAAUGUAUUUAAAAUAGUUAUUAUUAUAAUAAUAAAUAUUUAACUGCAUUAGAGUAAAAUGAUCAGUCAUUGAUGACAAACUAAUAACGUGAGGUUUUACAUGAAUUUUUUAUUGUUACUAAUUAUAAAUACUUAAAACAGUCAUUAAUGAAUAAAGUCAGAACUUGUUGCUAUUGUUUGAAUCUUUUUCUAAUGAAAUUUAAUUUUAUGUUUUAAACUAAUAUUGCAUAAUUUUGAUAAAAAGAUAAAAGUAUAAUGAUCCGAUAAACGAUAGUCAGUGAGGAAAUUUCUACAGAACAUGAUUUUUUUUUUCAAUUUGCCAUUCUGCACAAUCAUUUGCAUACUGUUCUGUUCACUACUUCCCCAUUAAUUUCCCUCCUAUUCUCCUUAUAACAUAUAAUUUAUUGUUUUGCAUUAAUAUUAUACAUACUGUAUACAGUGGGAUACAAAACAACCUUGGUAAAAUUUGCAUUAAUCACAUUUAAACUUAUAUCCAUAGUA